AAAUUAAUCAUAACAGAAGCCCUCUUCACGGUUUACACCCUCUUUCCUAAAACCCUCACAAAAACUCUCAGAGAACCAGAAUCAAACACCAUGAGUUCGUUCACCAACACCACCAAUUUCGACAACCUCCUCCUCCAAACCCUGAUGGGCCGCCUCCAAAUCCGCCCUCCGACUAGUCCUAUGCAGUCCCAGUCCCUCGAGGAACUCCUCUUCGACGCCGCCAAUUUCUCCGACGAUAUCGACGACGACGACGAAGAUAAUAGCAACAAGACCCAGCUCGCAAAAGAAGAAUCAAAGCUCGAAAAGGAAAUCGUCCGGGUCAUCCUCAGCGGCAAGACCGAUUCCCUCAAACCCAACUCGGGCCAGGCCGUCACCAUCGGCGAGCACCACAUUUGCGUCGGGUUUCAUGAGGAGAAGGGGUCGGAUUAUCGGGUGUGGGAGUGGCACGGGCACAUAAUGCUCUUUGACGAAGAGAACGGGUACACGCCCGAGUAUAUAUAUGGUAAUUACUUCGAGAGGUUGUUGGUGAAGUCGCGUGGUGGUGAAGAGGAGAAGGAGGAGGAGGAGGAAGAGGAGAAGGAAGAGAAGGUGGCGAACUUGGGGCUAAGGGAGUUGAUUGACGGUGGGGAUUCAGGUGGUGGUCGGAUUCUUCAUCGAAGCAUGAAUACUGGUUCUUCAAGGGUUUAGUCUAGAGUCUUCAGUUAGCAUAAGAUGUUUUGGGAUUUAAAGAGAAGCUGCACCCAGUGCUCAUCCACUUGGUUGAUUGGAGAUUGAGGUUAUUGCUUAUCAUUCUGCACACAAUGUCCAAUGCAGUUUUGAGUAUUCAUCGUGUCUUCUAUAUUUUCUGUAUUUGGAUUUUGAGUACAUCUUUGGCUGCAUAGAAAAUGUGGGAAGUAAUUUUGUUAAAGUAACUUCUUUAUUCAGCAGAACAAGUAUUUGUAUCAAUCUGCUAAUUUUUUGUGUUGUAAAUUUAAGUGUGCCUGCCAUUCUGGUUGGUAAUUACAAACACGUUUGGUAUCCCUUGGUUCCACAAUUUGAAAUCUGCAUGCCUACUUUGCAGUGAAACUUUCAAAUUCUCGUGCUGUUGCUAUUUUUUAACUUUUUAUAUGGACCUUAGGCCUUUCUGCCCUUUUCCCUGGACUGGUUUUACUUGUAAGUUGUAAAGUUUCUGUGGUAUCUUUCAUUGAGUCAUGAUUACAAGAACAACCAUGUGGAAUUUUUUCUGUGUCAAAUGGAAUGGAUACCAUUUGUGUAUUA